AACCCUUAGAAACAUUAUCACAUAGCCUAGAAUCCAGGACCUUGUGAUACCAAGCCACAUAACCACGGCACUAAACGACUGAUUUGUGAAAAUUCUUGACAUUUCAAGUCAAGUGUAUACCUACUCUAUUACUUAGUUAUUCUAAAUAUUUCCCAUCCACUCGGGAGAAGUAAAAGGGGUAAAGUUACGCUAAAUAAAUAUUUCAAUCGCGUUCGCCUCCUACGGGAAAAACAAACUUCAGUUUUAUAUAAAAGGCGGUUCCGACGUCGAGCCGUCACUCCAGCGCCGCGCACAGGGCGGCCAUCUUGUAUUGCGUUUUGUUCUUGCAUUGAACUUGAAAACAUGUUGAAAGUUACCGCCAUAGUGUCACUAUUACUUAUUGCCUCUCGCGCGGAUCCUAGCCGACAUAAAAGGGAAGGUGCGCCAUCUGUCGACUUUGACUCAGGCAGCACCCUGUGGGCCGCCAGCCUGUCGUGCGACUCGUGCGGCAGCGAGUGUGCGGCGGCGUGCGGCACGCGCCACUUCCGCUCCUGCUGCUUCAACUACUUGCGCCGGAAGCGGGGCCCUGGACCCGGACCCGACUCCAUGAAGUUGCCUCAAAAUUUCCACGAGUUCAAGCCCGAGGGUGUACAGAAGUCUAAAAUAUCAGUGUUCGGUGCUGAAGACAUGCCAGAUUUCUGGGGCCGCAUGGUGCCGAGCGAUUAUAGAUUCUAUCCCUUUGACGAUACGCUCGAGAACAGACUGCAGGCUAUGUACGACGCGUAAUUAACGUAUUUUUAAGGCUGCAAUAUUAUAUAUAACUUGUAUAUAGACAUAUGCAUAAGUAAACUAAAGGACGCGCGCGACUUGGUCCGCGAAAGACGAUGUAAACUAUCAUUGAAUGUUAUCUUUUUUUUAAUGUCUCGCAUGCAAAUGCAAAAUCAAAACGCAAAGUUAACGCCAUAGAUAAUUUAACUGGGGUAAACAGUAAACACCUCCGCCAUUGUGGUGACGUCACAUGACAAGCGCCAUUUUUAGGAUUCCGUAUUAAUUUUAAUAGUUCUACUGCUUUAUUAUUAUCCAUAUUAAAUUAAUGUCCAUAAUUAUUAUUUAUCUUGAUGUCAACGCAGACAAAACGGCAACUCUAAGCGCUGUCUACAGAACAAAACCUAGACUCCUAGAGCAACUUCUCAAAAAUCAUGACUUAAAUCAAUUUUUCCAUGAUUUUUCUUAUACAUUAUUAAUAACAACCUCUUCAAGAUUUUUAAUUAAAAUAAAACUUGAUUUAAUGUCUUAUAAAGGCUGUGUAGACAUGAAUUCAAGGAUUUGUAAGAACUGACCAAUUUUUUACAUCGUAAAUUCAUAAGUAAAAAUUUUCUGUAAUCGACAGUGAUUUGUUUCAAUAGCAGAAAACCUUUUACCUUAAACUUACGAGUAAUAUUAACAUACCAGUAUUAUCUUACAGCAUUUAGUAAUAAUUGUAAGUUAAAUUAUUUUUGUGUUAUAAA